AUGAAUUUCUCAGCCUCUUUCUAUGCAAUAUCAUCAUCAUCAUCAUCAUCAUCAUCAUCAUCAUCAUCAUCAUCAUCAUCAUCAUCAUCAUCAUCAUCAUCAUCAUCAUCAUCAUCAUCAUCAUCAUCAUCAUCAUCAUCAUCAUCAUCAUCAUCAUCAUCAUCAUCAUCAUCAUCAUCAUCAUCAUCAUCAUCAUCAUCAUCAUCAUCAUCAUCAUCAUCAUCAUCAUCAUCAUCAUCAUCAUCAUCAUCAUCAUCAUCAUCAUCAUCAUCAUCAUCAUCAUCAUCAUCAUCAUCAUCAUCAUCAUCAUCAUCAUCAUCAUCAUCAUCAUCAUCAUCAUCAUCAUCAUCAUCAUCAUCAUCAUCAUCAUCAUCAUCAUCAUCAUCAUCAUCAUCAUCAUCAUCAUCAUCAUCAUCAUCAUCAUCAUCAUCAUCAUCAUCAUCAUCAUCAUCAUCAUCAUCAUCAUCAUCAUCAUCAUCAUCAUCAUCAUCAUCAUCAUCAUCAUCAUCAUCAUCAUCAUCAUCAUCAUCAUCAUCAUCAUCAUCAUCAUCAUCAUCAUCAUCAUCAUCAUCAUCAUCAUCAUCAUCAUCAUCAUCAUCAUCAUCAUCAUCAUCAUCAUCAUCAUCAUCAUCAUCAUCAUCAUCAUCAUCAUCAUCAUCAUCAUCAUCAUCAUCAUCAUCAUCAUCAUCAUCAUCAUCAUCAUCAUCAUCAUCAUCAUCAUCAUCAUCAUCAUCAUCAUCAUCAUCAUCAUCAUCAUCAUCAUCAUCAUCAUCAUCAUCAUCAUCAUCAUCAUCAUCAUCAUCAUCAUCAUCAUCAUCAUCAUCAUCAUCAUCAUCAUCAUCAUCAUCAUCAUCAUCAUCAUCAUCAUCAUCAUCAUCAUCAUCAUCAUCAUCAUCAUCAUCAUCAUCAUCAUCAUCAUCAUCAUCAUCAUCAUCAUCAUCAUCAUCAUCAUCAUCAGCAUCAUCAUCAUCAUCAUCAUCAUCAUCAUCAUCAUCAUCAUCAUCAUCAUCAUCAUCAUCAUCAUCAUCAUCAUCAUCAUCAUCAUCAUCAUCAUCAUCAUCAUCAUCAUCAUCAUCAUCAUCAUCAUCAUCAUCAUCAUCAUCAUCAUCAUCAUCAUCAUCAUCAUCAUCAUCAUCAUCAUCAUCAUCAUCAUCAUCAUCAUCAUCAUCAUCAUCAUCAUCAUCAUCAUCAUCAUCAUCAUCAUCAUCAUCAUCAUCAUCAUCAUCAUCAUCAUCAUCAUCAUCAUCAUCAUCAUCAUCAUCAUCAUCAUCAUCAUCAUCAUCAUCAUCAUCAUCAUCAUCAUCAUCAUCAUCAUCAUCAUCAUCAUCAUCAUCAUCAUCAUCAUCAUCAUCAUCAUCAUCAUCAUCAUUUUAUACUUCAAAAUGA